AUGCAACCAUUGUUCACCACUAUCGAUUGCUUUGAAUUGAUCUCCGAGUACAAAUUCCUCGCCCACACAUGGUCUCUAUACUACUUGACCGUUUUUACAGUCGUUCUUGGAGGAAGCUCUCAAUUUUACAGUUUUUGUAUUGUGAAUCAAGUUCAACGCGUGAUCAUGGAAUGGAUUGAAACGACGUAUGAAGCGAGGCUCGAUGUGGAACUUAAUGAGGUCACUCUGCACACGAUUUGGUCGGUCAUCGUUGGAUCGCUCUCAAUCGGAGCACUCAUUGGAGCGUUUCUCGUCAAAACUUUGUCGGAAAAGUAUGGCCGAAAAAAUACCCUGCUGAUCAAUGGAGUGCUCAAUGUGAUUGGAGCGGCAAUCGUUUUCCUUGCUAAGCCAUUCAGUCUUCCUGAACUUCUUGUUCUUGGUCGUUUCAUUCUUGGAAUGAACAUUGGUUUAACCUCGGGAGUGAUUCCACUCUACCUAACCGAGUUGACGCCAGCUCGCCACCGGGCAGCUGCCGGUGGAUUGCACUUGAUAGCUGUUGCCUUUUCCAAUGCCUUUGCUUUGUUCAUCGGCCUACCGGAAAUCCUUGGCAGUGUCGAGUAUUGGCCUUUUGCCUUUGGACUGCCAGGAGUUUUGGCCCUGUCGCUCUGUACCAUUUUGCCAUUUUGUCCAGAGUCUCCAAAAUUCUUGUUGAACAAUCGAGGAGACUCGGAUGGAACACGAAAUGUUUUAAUGAAAAUUGUUGGAGAGGCUGGCGUUGACGCUGAAUUUCAAGUUUUACUGGAAGAAACUUGUGACGAAGAAGAGAAUCACAAUGGACACCUCACUGAUCUCUGCAAAAGUCCCGAUUUGCAUUUCCCAACACUGAUGGCCGUGCUUGUGAUGGUGGCUGUUCAGUUUAGUGGACUUUCGGCUGUAAUGGGCUACUCAACAAACAUGUUCAUCAAGGCAAGGCUUGACUCAAGUCUAGCAAGAUACGCCACUCUGGGAGUCGGUAUCAUGUACUUCUUGAGCUCGUGUCUUGCUCCAUUCAUGGUAGAGCGGCUCAAGAGAAGAUCUUUCUAUCUAUUCCAACGUAUUGCAUCAUUGGCUUGCUUGAUCUGCUUCACGUUUUUCACUGGAGUUCAACAAUAUGAGCAUAAAGAAUGGGCCAGCUAUGGAACGAUCACUUCGUUGGUCAUUUUCAUGUUUCUUUAUGGAGUCGGCUCUCCACUUCCCUGGAUCAUCAAUUUGGAGUUAUUCAGUCAAAAGUACAAAUCAGCGGGAAUGAGCGUCUCAGUCUUCACCGUUUACGGUCUCGCUUUCCUCAUCAUGCUCUUUUAUUUGCCCUUUCAACAGCUAGUCGGCGUCACAUUCAGUUACCUUCCCUUCAUCACGAUCAGCACCAUUUGCUGCAUUUUGUUGUACAAAUACUUGCCAGAAACUGGAGACUCCGAAACCAAAGAAAAACCUCACCCGAUUCGUGCUUCAACCCGAUCGUUUAACUAUCGAAUGGCA